GAGAGAAACUAUUUCCGGAUAGACUGCGCACGCACUAGGUUAAAGAGUGCUAUGUAUGAUGGCUUCGUUUUUUCAAUUCUGUUUGCGAUGUUGUAGUGAUGACGAAUCCGGACACGUCCCUUUAAAGGAGAUGCCGAUGGUGCAGCUUGACACAGAUCAUAUGGGUACAGAUGUUGUAAUUGUAAAAACUGGCAGACGAAUAUGUGGCACUGGAGGCUGCUUGGCAAAUGCCCCUCUACACCAGAAUAAGAGCUACUUUGAGUUUAAAAUUCAGUCUACAGGUGUCUGGGGAGUGGGAGUAGCCACACAGAAAGCUAAUUUAAAUCACAUUCCUCUUGGACGGGAUAUUCACAGCUUAGUUCUGCGACAUGAUGGUUCUAUUUAUCACAAUAAUGAGGAGAAAAACCGCUUACCUGCAAACAGUAUUCCCCAGGAAGGAGACAUAGUGGGUGUCACAUAUGAUCAUGUGGAAUUAAGUGUAUAUUUAAAUGGAAAAAAUAUGCAUUGUCCUGCAUCAGGAAUUAGAGGGACAGUAUACCCUGUUGUGUAUGUUGAUGAAAGUGCAAUUUUGGAUUGUCAGUUCAGUGAAUUUUAUCACACGCCGCCUCAAGGCUUUGAGAAGAUUCUCUUUGAACAGCAGAUCUUUUGAGAAGCACAUCACCCGCAGCGGCCUGCACUCUGCACUGUUACAAAAGUUUUUCUUGUGCUUCUUCUAAGCUUUUCAGUGAAUUGUACAAAGCCCUGUUAUGUUUUGAUUUAUAAUGUACUCUUGUGACUGUCCAGAGAGUGGUUUUGUCCAGCUACACACCAUGUGGAAGAAACACUUUAAUCACGUUUUUGUUUCUUUAUCAGGUUUCCUAAUGCAGAGUAUAUGGUAAAUUUAUAUUUUUCAUUUAAAGGAAAUUCAGGUGUGUGUAAAAAGAUGAAAGUUCUUGAGUGGCAGCUGCUUUGGCAGCUACAGUGCAAAUGAGAUGAGCAGUUCCACUUUUAAAUGUGACAUUCCCUUUAUUCAAUCAGGAAAAACCCAGCUGACUUUAUGAAUACCAACAGAAUCAUGGAGGACAAGUGUACGGUAUGUGUAGGCGAAGACUGCAAAACUACAGCUACUUGGACUUGGUUAUUGUUUCAUGAAAUUGUUUCUAGGAUGUUGUAACAGACUCCUGUCAUUUUACAGUUUUAACACAAAUUAUUUGUUUAUGCACUUCAAAAAUUCAGCUUGUACUAUAAUUUUAUUAAUAUCUAACACCGUGGAAUUAAAUAUUGUCUGAGAAAUGGUCA